CUCAAAAUAAAAUAUCUCAUUGAAGGGCCAUCUACUUGUAGUAUGUGAACCUUUCUAUUUCGACAAAAAGACAGGAGAAAGUCAAUAAUCCUAUUUAACGGUGAAUGCAAAUAAUUCCUCAUCAUGCUACCGCUAAAAAAGCAUGUAAAAAAAACGGGGUUCACGAGAUUAUAACCAAAAUGCAUAGUAUCAUUUUUCAUUCUACUAUUCUUCUUCUAAUUAUCUUAUUUCUCUUUUCCGUUUCUUACGGCCACCAUUAGCAUACAUCGGCACGAUUGACGAAACUUGUUCUUCUUAUUUUAAAAUUUUAUCUUUUUCCUCAUAUAAUUGCUUAAUACCUAACGGAUUGGGUGAACGUCUUUCCGCUCCAUACGUGUAUCUUCGACAGCUUGUCAUACGUACAAUCCACCUUUGCCAACCCAACGAGUUUUCGAUCGACAUUCGACUUUAUUUUUCCCAAUACAAUAAUUAUAAAAAUGGAAGAAUCGAUUUUCAAAACCGAUGCGGAAGCGGCAUUUUCAAUCAUGUUUGUCAGCGUCGGCAUGUCAUGUUUUAUCUGGCAAUCAAUGCGCUCUGGAUGGAUGUUUUAUAUGGCACGCAAGCCCAUUCACUUUGUGGUGUUUGCUCAAGCCGUUCUAGGUGUCGUCGUCACAUUUGUCACUCUUUUGACUUCACUUGUGGAGAUCAGCUGUUAUUUCCAAUUGGCAUUUUCGAUCAUUGGAGUAAAUCUGGGAGAUAUCGCAUUGCAAUCAGUAUUAUUGUGGAAAGCCUAUCUAGGCAAUAGUCGGUCCAAGGUUAUUCUAGGCAUUGGUGUGCUGCCAUUGAUUGGUAUCGUGGUAUUUAUUUGGACCAAUUUCACCGGGGCGCCGUCAAGUAGCAUAUACAGACAAGGUGUUUGCGAUACAUACUAUCCCGGGAAUAUUGUAAUUAUCAAGGCGGCCUUGGACUUUUCAUCCAAUAUCUUUUUAUCUUUUUGCUUUCUCUUGGUUAUCUAUCGUCAUUACCGUAUUCUGGGCACUAGUGUGCAAAAAACACUUAUCAAAGAAGGCCUUAUUUAUUGUUUUGGUGUAUGCACUUCCAAUGUCCUGACUGGCAUUUUGCUCACGCUAAAAGUAUUGGGCGGAAGUACACCGGUUCUUUACACGAUCGACUGGUACCUGGCUUCGUAUCUAAUUAUUAAGCAGAUUAAAUUCGGUCGUGAAGGAGAGGAAGAAAAUGAAGAAGAGGAUGAGAGUCAGAGCACUGUGGACGGCCAGUCGUACAAGUCGAGCCCCCUGGAAGAAGAAGAGGGAAUCCGACGGUCGCCGUUGUCGGAAUUUAACGGUGAACCAAAUUACCAUGGUUAUUACGUGCCAAGCACGCCCCAGAGUACACUGGUCUCGCAAGUGAAGGAAAAAUCCCAUUGUACAAAAGACGGGCGGUUGUCUGACCCCAUUGUGCCACCACUGUCACCUUUGGAAAGUUUAACACCCACACUCAAUAAUUGUAACUCAGUACGAUGGAGUAACCACACAGAACCUGGUUCCAAAAAGCGGGGGGCCUCAUCGAUCCGAGACAAAGAAACCGAGCGACGAAAUACACUGCCGCCAAAUGUAUGACACCGGCGGUCCAACAAAAAGAGCAUCAGACAAGAAAUUCCAUGAAUAAAACAAAAC